CAAUGACGAGCAACAUGAAUCAAUCAGACAUGAACCUGAACUAUCUAUGGCCUCAUCAAGUUACAGAGAAUACACGAAGAUCUGCAAAUUAUCAACCCAAUAUUUGGAGUGACACCUUUCUGCAGUCACUUGCCAGCAAAUAUAAUAAAAAAAAAUUUGAUAUGCACUUAAAGAAAUGGGUAAUAAAAGUAAGGGGUCUUUUUGCUCAAGAGAUGGAUGUUUUGCAAAGACUAGAGUUGGUUGAUUGGAUCCAAAGACUAGGCCUUGCCAACUACUUUCAGAAGGAAAUCAAUGAUGCUCUUGUCUCUACAAAAAACAGCAACAAUUUCGGUACCCAAGAUAAUUUGCAUGGAUCUGCACUGUGCUUCAGGCUUCUAAGGCAGCAUGGAUACAAAGUUUUACCGGCCAAUAUGCUAGGCAACUUCUUAGAUGAAAAGGGAAUAGUGAAGAAGAAAAGUUCAUUUGCUGAUCAUGGUAAAGAUGUUAUGGAGCUUCUUGAGGCCUCACAUUUGUGGUUAGAAGGAGAAAAUAUCUUGGAUGGGGGUGGGGCCAAAAAAUUUGCAACAAAUUGGAUUAAGGAUGCUUCCUCUCUGUCCAUCAAUAUCAACGAUAUUGUUGAAAGAGUGGUCCAUGCUUUGGAGCUUCCAUCCCAUUGGAGAGUCUCAUGGUUUGAUGUCAAAUGGCAUGUUAGGCAAUACCAAAAGGAGAAACAUAUGGACCCCAUUUUGCUUGAAUUGUCUAAAUUAAACUUCAACAUAAUUCAGGCCAAACUUCAAAAGGAGGUUAGAGAACUGUCAAGGUGGUGGGAGAAUCUUGACCUCCAAAAAGACUUGAGCUUUGCAAGAAAUAGGUUGGUUGAAAGCUUCAUGUGUGCAGCAGGAGUUGCAUUUGAGCCCAAGAAUAAAUCCAUAAGGAAUUGGCUCACUAAAGUAAUUAUUUUCAUCCUAGUGAUUGAUGAUAUUUAUGACAUACACGCCUUAUUUGGAGAACUGGAGCUGUUCACAAUGGCAUUUGAUAGAUGGGAUGCCAAAGAACUUGACGAACUUCCUGAUUACAUGAGGAUUUGUUUCAAUUCACUAAAAGAUGUCACAAAUGAAAUUGCUUAUGAGAUUGCCGGAGAAAAGAACUUUGAUAUGGUGUUAGCUUACCUAAAGAAAGCGUGGAGAGACUUCUGCAAUGCAUUAUACACGGAAGCAAAGUGGUACAGAAUGGGAUACAUUCCAUCAUUGCAAGAAUAUCUCAGCAAUGCUUGGAUUUCUUCUUCGGGUCCAGUAAUUCUCCUCCAUUCAUAUUUUGCUACAAUGCAUGAAGUAGCCGAUGACAUUGACAAUUUUCUACACACAUAUGAAGAUUUGAUCUACAAUGUAUCUCUUGUAAUUCGACUAUGCAAUGAUUUAGCUACUUCAGUGGCUGAAAAGGAAAGGGGUGAUGCUGCCUCGGCUAUUUUGUGCUACAUGAAUCAAAUGGGUGCUUCAGAGGAAGAAGCAAGAAAACAUAUCCACAACACCAUAAACAAUGCAUGGAAAAGGAUAAAUGGGCAUUGCUUCACACAAGAUGCUUCAGUGGAGCCAUUUCUUACUCAAGCCCAAAAUGCUGCUAGAGUGGCCCAUACCCUUUAUCUAAAUGGUGAUGGGUUUGGCAUUCAGGACAGAGACAUUAAAAAGCACAUUUUAUCACUGCUUGUUGAACCCUUGUAGAAGUUUCUGGAUCUUGCUCUCUCUUUUUUAUGAAAUGGAAGAUGUGUGUUUUAGAGAAAAAUGAAGUGUAGAAUUAUGGAUCCAUUAUUAUAAGUCAGUUGGUGAUGAUGCUUUAGCUAAGCAUAGUCUAGGGUUAGACAAUAGACAGUGCAACUACGUUAUACUGAAGGGACUCGUAGGUUGUUUUCUUUUGUUUUUAUUUUCGGUCUGCUAAGCACACCUAAUUCAUCGAAAAAAAAGUAAAAUUGUGAGCUGAAAUGUGCAAUAAAAUUUUCAUUUCAUA